CGGGGGAGAGCUCCCGCCUUCCAAGGCUUGCAAGAGGACCAUCCCUGCGGUGCUAAGUGGCAAAAGCCACCCGGCCUGGCCCACCUGCUUGCCAAGAUGACUCUUUUCCACUUCGGGAAUUGUUUUGCCCUGGCCUAUUUCCCCUAUUUUAUCACGUAUAAGUGCAGCGGCCUGUCAGAAUAUAAUGCCUUCUGGCGAUGUGUGCAAGCAGGAGCCACCUACCUCUUUGUCCAGCUGUGCAAGAUGCUGUUUUUAGCUACGUUCUUUCCAACUUGGGAGGGUGGUGCAGGAGCUUAUGAUUUUGUUGGAGAAUUCAUGAAAGCCACCGUAGACUUGGCUGACUUGGUGGGUUUGCACCUGGUGAUGUCCCGGAAUGCGGGGAAGGGGGAAUACAAGAUCAUGGUAGCUGCCCUGGGCUGGGCCACGGCGGAGCUCAUUAUGUCUCGAUGCAUCCCACUGUGGGUGGGAGCUCGUGGCAUUGAGUUUGAUUGGAAAUACAUUCAGAUGAGUAUUGAUUCCAACAUUAGCCUGGUUCAUUAUAUCGCCACCGCUGCCCUGGUGUGGAUGUUCACCCGCUAUGAUUUACCCAAACAUUACCGACUGCCCCUUACUUUCCUCCUGGGUGUCAGUGUCUACAAAGCCUUCUUUAUGGAAUCGUUUGUGCACGUCUUUCUCCUGGGUAGCUGGACCGCACUUUUGGUCAAAGCAGCGAUCACUGGCCUCCUUUCCUUCAGCUCCUUGACUCUCUUUGUCACCCUGGUGCACAGUAACUGAGGUUCCAAUGAUUGUUACUCCAACUUGGGAGACCUCUCGUUUGUGCAUCCUAAGAUCGUUCCGCUACGGAUUCCGUUUGCAAGGCUGUGCGUGACUUGAUCCUUCCUGCUGUGAGAUCGGUUCCAGUCAUGGUCUCUGUGACAUUCCGAUACAUGAUACUAAUUUAAAAAGUAUUAUUUACAUUUUGCCCGGUUUGAAUCCCUUGGCUGUUGUCUAAACAUGCUUCCUACACUAUGAUGGUGUUUAUACAAUCUGCUAAGCCAGCAAGACUGGCUGACACAUACCACUAAACCAGCAAGUACACACGACCAUUUCAUAUCCUUAGCCUGUUCGGUCUUAGAGUUGUCGUGUUGCGUUGGCAUCCGUAACCAGCCACGAUGAUGUCAAAAUGACAGCACAUCAUAAGGCCAUCAUACAAAAGGUGCCACAUAUUACUUGCGUUAUGACAUUGGAUGCAAGUAUGUGAGUUGUAUUGCAGUUCUAUCGUUGCAUUGCGAUGUACCUGUCAUUAUUCUUCCCUUGUAGAUACUGUUGCCAUAUUAUCUAACCUAAAACUGGUUGCAGUUUGAGGUUUGGAGAAACUGGACAGUAACGCCACAAUGAAUUUUAAUGAUAACAUUUGAAUUACAUCCAAAACUCAGGUUAUUUAGGGUUUGGUCAACAUGAAAGGUUUGUGGUUAAAGCCAUAUGUAGCUGGGGGUAAAAUGGCAAAAUUAAAACUAGGUUUUUUGGUUUGGCUUGUUAUGGGGAUAAUAAAAAGGGUCUUGAUUUUUCUCUUUGCAUGUGGCAACAGUGAAUGGAUGCUACUUUUGCUAGGGGCUAUCAUGAUGGAGGAUGUUGUGAUGUAGAUCCCAAUAGUGAUGGGAAACACAAGGUUACAUGGACAGUCACCAUCUUCUGAGAGUGCCCUCUCGUCUGCGUGACUCUUGGCAGCAAGAGAGUUCUCCCCACUCUGCAAACCAUUUGUGUGUUGUUCAGGGAAUAUGAACAGUUACUGGCUUGAUUUAAGGAGCAUUAGGGUGACACUGUUUGAAAACCUCUAGAAUGUUUUUCAAAUCCAUGUGCAUAUAUAUCCAUUUGUCCUUCCUACUUAUAAAGUGACAGAAGCUGAAAGAUGCAUUUUUGUCCCAAGGCAUAUACAAUUCCUAUAUUUAGCUCUUUUGAUAGUAAUGAUUGACAAACAUGUACAGUUAUAUGAAGUAUGCUAGCCCAAAGUGGGUAAGUGUGACUCUUGGGGUGUGUUCAAAUUGUUCUGCAGGGACUGGGUUCUUAAAAGCUAUUAAAAGAGACCUUGUGGGCACAAUGACUCUUUCCUUUAAUUCAGUCUUAAGAGUUAGUGGCUGGUGACUGAAAACUCCAUAUAGGUGAGUGAAUGGACUGGAGAAAGAGGAAGGGAUCAUUCUCUUUAUUCACGGUGUGGUAGCCAUGGAGGAAGGGAAGUGUCUCACAAGUAAAGGAAGUGGUUUGGUGGUGGUGGUAUGAUGUGUCCAUUUGAUAACUCGCAUCCGUUACAAUGACGACAGAAUAACAUCAUUAUGCAAACAACACAGUUAUUGACUUGCAUCAUAAAGAAUGGUACAAGUAUGUAAGUCAUGCUGUUUGCUUGGUACAUAUGAUGCGUGUAUCCUCUUAAUCUUUUUCCUCAUUGCAGUCCAUUGCACUGUAGGAUAAUUGGAACUUGGAGAACAGAAACUAUGUUUUGAUAGCUUCAUUGUCUGGUUAUCCUGAACUGAGGCUGCUUGCCGGUGUAUGUGUUCCUCUGUUUUCCUUUAAUGUACUGUGUGAAAUUUCUCCUGCUGGGUAAUCUUUGUGCUUCAGGAACUACUCAUCCAAGCAGACUGAAAGUCCAAAUCAUGCAGAAGUCGAAAGUGAUACCAGCGUGCCAUUGUGUAUUUUAUAUAAGUUUAUUUAAAUUCUGCUUUUCAUAUGUAGAGGGAAGACCUAAGCAAACCUCUUACUCAACCUGUCCUUGUUUCUUCCUUGAGAUUAUACUGCCUUGUUUACACACUCUUUGAGAUUUAUCAUGGGGGGUUGAAACUUGCUAUGCUUUUUU